AUGUUAAUAAUAAUACGUUCUUAGUGCAUGAAAAUUGUGAACGAUCAUGAUUGCUACACUUUUACAUAAUGUCAAAAUUGGAAUAAAAUUAAUCUUUAUCGUCGCCCAUUAUGACGGAUGAUACAUCGCACGAGAAUAUUUUAGAACAAUUAUUCGAUUGCGUUAUUUGUACAGUACAAUUAGGAGUAGAAUGGGGUUCAGAGAAAUUUCAAUCAAUGUGUCCUUCCAAGAAAAGUAAACCGAAAAAGGGAUGUAAACCGGAGAAAACUGAAGAAGAUACUGACAUAGGUCCACCUUGUACGGAACAACAACCAUACACACUUCCUAGUCAAAUUUGUCCUAAAUUGGUUUCUUGUUGUUAUAUAAAAAUGCAGGAUCCUUAUGCUCCAUGCUGUUGCGAGACGAAGCCGCAACCACCCCCAUGUCCUCCCAAAUGUUAUCGUCGACAACUGCGAGAACCAAUCUGUGGUUGUGAUCUCUGCAAAAAGGAUGUCGACAGCAAGUGUUGUGAACCGAUCACGGCUUUUCGCACUACAGCCAGCGAUUUCAAAUAUUUCAAAACAUAAAAAUUUAUAAGAUUCCAGAUCAGCUU